CGCAACAUGUAAAAUUUACAUCUAAGUUUUAUAUACGCGGCUAACGUUAUACUGUAUCACUACUGAGACUCUGUCAUACUGCUGAUGAGCUCAUGUGAUUUAAAUGGAGCAAUACGGAAGAACGGAUGACACAAUUUACUGGAAACUUGAGAGGCAGUUUCGGUUUGCCGGACAUUGAGCCAGAAGGUGUGAUAAAACCUGUUUCUGUGAAAACAAGCAGGAUACCAUGGACGAAAGCCUGGACGAAACGUGUAUCUUCUGUACCAUCGCAAAGGGCGACGAUCAAUACACUGAGAUACUCGCAGAGGAUGAGGACUUUGUUUGCUUCAGGGACAUCGUUCCAGGUGCACCUCAUCACUACUUGGUUAUACCAAAGAAACACAUCUAUAGCUGUUUGUCGCUCAAUGCAGAUGACACGAGUCUUGUUAGAAGGAUGGCAGAGAUGGGAAGAAAUGUACUGAAAGCCAACAAUGUGACAGAUUUGAAAGACAUCAGUCUAGGUUUCCACGUGCCUCCAUAUAUCACCGUCCCGCAUCUGCAUCUACAUGUUCUUGCACCUUACAGCCAGCUGUAUAGAUGGGCAAUAAAUAAGUUUAAAACCAAUUGGUACAUCAAUGAUGAGAAGACGAUUGAGAUGCUGAAGAAAAAAACUCAGAUGGUGUAAAAGGGACUUGUGCAAUAUACAAAUCUUCAUGAAUCUUUGUCGGAGGAAGCUUGAAAUCACAAUCCACUUUAGUGAAGAUUAGGGUCACUGCAAUUUUCAGUUUCAGGUACACAUGUUAUUUAUUGCUGAAGCCUUUUUUUAAACUAGAAUGAAAGAUUUAUAGGACUGACAGAUACUAAUAAAGUGUGAUUAUUUAUUGUUAAUGCAUUGUCUGUUAUUAAUUCUAAACAUUUUAGAUCACAGUCUACAUGCUUUAUUGUC